GGCGUCGAUGCUCGUACGACUUUAGCGGGUACACUUUCGAUCUCGAGUCGCCAGCACAAUCAAGUUAAGGAGCAUUGUUUUGGUAAACAGAAAAGUCGGUGGGAUUAAAAAAAUACGGCACAGCGUGAACCCGCGGGAUUGUUUAUUUAACAAGUUAAACAAUAAUAAAAACAACAACAUGCGCGCUCGUUGUUUUCUUACUUAUCACCAAGCUAACUGACUAGCUCCCUGAUGCUAAUGCUCGCUAACUCUUCAUUAUGCGCCGCGGAGGAACAUUUUCCUCUUUUGUUUUCUCGUCAAACAGCUGCUGAACAAGAGAAAUAACCAACUCUUUGGAUGGCGGUUGCUCCCGCCUCGAUGGCAGAUAAGAUCAUAGUCCUAGAUGAUGAUGAUGAAGACGAGACUCCUCAGCCCUCCUGCUCUGCAUCCACCUCGUCCUCUAAGCAUCAGUCCAAAAAUGUCUCGUCACUCAGAGCCCAGCAGCCCGUCCCUACCCACAUCACCCAGUCACCGUUCGCCUCAGCGAAGAAGCAGACGCAUGUUCUGCAGGCAGAGAAUCAGAAGUUGUUCACUGAGUUUGUUGAGUACUGCUCAGCUCUCACCCAGGACUGCCCCGAGGUCUUGACCUUCCUCCAAACGAAGCAUUCCAAGGCCUGCCCCGAAUAUUUGUCAUCUGUGGAGUUCAGGAACACGUUGGGACGAUGUUUGACUCGCACCCAGGCCAACCGUUCCAAAACCUUUGUCUACAUCAAUGAACUGUGCACUCAUCUCAAGCAGAAUGCCGCCAAGAAGAGGCAGAUCCUCACCAAGGUUGAGUCUGGGCCUUGUACCUCAACAUCAAGCUCUUUCCAGUCUACCUCUGUUACGCUCAAAAGUAAAGACAAGACUAAAGUUGAGAAGGAAGGAGUGAAACCUGGAGCGGAGGAUAAGCAACCUUCCACCUCAGGGCUGCAGGAGGGCGGGGAGGACAAAACAACUGAGGAACAGGAAGUGGAGAAAAAGGCAAAGAGGGCAUCCAGGAAACAGAUAGCGUACCUGGAGAACCUACUGAAGGUGUACAACGAUGAGAUCCGGCGCCUUCAGCAGGCCGAGCUGAGUUUAGACGACCUGGGAAAUGAGGAAUCUUUAUACAUCCAGGAGCACAAGCUCAAACGCAAGAUGAUGAAGAUUUAUGAAAAACUGUGUGAACUAAAGGGCUGCCACACACUAACAGGUCGAGUCAUUGAGCAGAGGAUCUCCUACAAUAGCACUCGUUAUCCUGAGAUCAACAGGAGGAUCGAGCGGUUCAUCAACAGUCCCGAGGCACAGAGAAACCCUCCGGAUUACCAUGACAUCCUCCACCAGGUGCUGCGUGCCAAUGAGCGCCACAAUCUGUGCCUGAGCAGAAAACAGCUGAACCAGAUCGCCCAGGAGGCUUUCAGGGAGACCGGGAGCCGCAUACAGGAAAGACGUCACCUGGAUUUGGUGUACAACUUCGGCUCACACCUCACUGACCCCUACAAGCCUGCCACAGACCCGGCUCUGUUGGACCCCUCGCUGCUGAAGAGGCUUCGGUCGAACAGAGAAGUGGCUCUGUCCCGCCUGGAGGAUGUUAUCACCAAGUACGCUGUCAAACAGGAAGACACGGAGGAGCAGGAGAGGACCAAACGACUGAAGAAAGACAGCAAGGAGAAAGAGGACCAGAAAUCCGAAAAGGGAGAAGAAAAUAAAGAGGCGAACGGAGUGGCACAGGAGGAGGAGGUGGAGGAGGAGGAAGAAGAAGAAGUGGAGGAGGAGGAUGAUGAAGAAGAUGAAUCAUCAGACCCAGACAUUGAGGAAGAGAUCCAAGCCAGCACUCAGCAGGAUGGACCAGACGAUGAUAACGAGGAAGACGGUGACAGUAACGAGGCCGAACAAGCAGGUGAUGAUGCCAACAAGGAGGAUCAGACAGAAGAGGUGUCAGGAGACGAAGGAAGCGUGAAAGAUGAAGAGGAGGAGCCAAUCACAAGUGGACUCAGUCCUCUUUCCGAUGAAAGCAAAUCGCAGAUAUCUCCACUGUCGGACAUGCCCUCCCCUAGACACAGCCCCACCCAGUCAGAGCCAAUGCAGACCGACAACCAGACGCUGAUGUCUAACGGUAACCUCGCAGGAUUAGAGGAGCCUGUAGAUUCCUCCAAUCAUGUUUCAGUCGUACUGGUAACCACCACCAAAGUCUCUAAGGACUCUGCAGACGUCUCCCAGGGAGCAGCCAAUGGGGUGCCCCUGUCACCGGUCGUCAUUGUAGAAAAAUGUGGCACACAGACUAGCAACGGCACGUCGCCACCUCCCAGCCCCAGAACCACGAGGAGCCAGAAGAGGAAGAGGGAAGACAUUACAUCAGGGAACUCCCGAAAUACAAAGCACACAAUCAUCCAUGACAGUGAGGUCGAUAUCCCUCUGGACAUGGGUGUUUUAAGCUGCAAUUCUCCGCAGCAGGCGGAGUCGACACGGGCAGACACUCCAACACAGGAAAUUGUCAGCAGUUCACAGUCAACACCUCCUCCCAAGAAAAACAAGGUCAACGUGGCCACUCAGUGUGACCCAGAUGAGAUCAUCGUCCUGUCAGACUCUGAAUGACCUUUGACCUCGCUGGUCGCUGUUCUGCAAGAUUCUUCCACGUGUCACCCGUAUUCUGGGACCGAUUGCUGAAAGCAUGCAUUUCUAAGGACCAUCUUUGUCUGCUGGCUUGUAAAAAAGGAGAAAAGGCUCUUUUUUUCUUUACAAUUCCAAAUUGUGAAAUUGCCGGAUGUGAUCGAAACAGUCACUAUCAAUAAGUUUUUACCAAAAUAAACAGCAAGCUAUGGAAGCCAGGGAAAACUAUGAAUUUAGUACCUCAUGUCACUUGAUUACAUAUAACCAAACAAAAGCAAAGAUGUUUUUGUAAAGGACUUAAAUAAAAUAAUUGUACGCCAACAUUUGAAAGAAAGCUGCUUUCACAGGACAUGAUUUCGGGAGGAAAUCCUGAUGUGUGCGCCGCAGAAUACAGCUGUCAUUUUCUCUAAGCAGACAUUGGCUGAUGUUGACCUCGGCUGUCUUCUCUCCCGUUUUGGGUGCAGAUUGGGUAAAGAUCAGUUUUUAUGUGAUCCAAGCAGCCGAACGUCUGUUGCCGUGUUUCCUGCCUUCCAGUGUAACACUGCUAAACCUCCAGUUGGUAGUAGGAUUAAAAUGAGUUUUUUGCUGCUCUGAACACAGAGAGCUAAAAAACACUUUUCUUGGGAUAAAUUUCCAUUCACUUGAACUUUUGUUAGUGUGGUUAUGUAAGAAACCAGUGCCUGAAAACAUGAACUGAGCAGUUGGACGCGUGUCCCAGACGGGGAGUUUUGUUUUCACAGACACUCGACUGGCGAGCGCCGCGUUACCGCCAGUUUGUUUACAUUUUUAUAUUUCAGUCGCAUUAUUUCAGGAGGUGAAAGUGGUGAUCUGUAUAGAAUAAUCUUGAGAUGGCAUUGUUUUAUUUGCUGUUGCUAUUUAUGCAUUGGAUUAGUGAGCUGUGUGAUGGUUUGUACUGUUAGCGAGAUGUGUGGACUGCAGCAGUGCUAACGGAGAAUAUUGACAUUUUUGAAUUUUUCCUUUUAUGUUUCCAAACAUUUUCUAUUUUUAGGUUUAUAAUAAAGCAAGUUACUAUUUCCAUUCAGACCGAUGUCUGCUUCAGGAUAGCUGAAUAGUUUCCAGAUAGAUAUUGCUUUGAACGAGGAAUCCUGACUAGCUGAUUCACAAAUGUUUAAAGAAAAAUAAGGAUAGAAAUAUUUUAACUUUUUCAUAGAGUCAACAAAUCACAUUAAAAGACCACAACUACUGAUGAACUGUCUGUAUCCAAAGCCUGCUAUUUAUUAUUUCUCUUUGCCAUUAAGCACAUUGUUGUCCACACACUAUUAAAAACACAAGUGAGACAUGUUCCUUCAUUAUAAUGAACAUGUGCUCACACAUACAUCCUCCUGCUGCUGGAAAUACUCAUAUAGUCCCAAAUAAAUGCACACUUUACUCCUUCUUGAAUCUCUUUUGCUACAAACUACACUAUCCAGCUGUUUUAGGAAGUUACGGAGUCUUUUUUUAAAGUGAAAUAAUAUAUUUCUGAUUCAUUUUUAAAGAGUUAUGUCUUCAGUAGGAACCAGUGGGCUGAGAGCAGCGUGAGGAAGCUGGAGAGCAGUGAGAGAUGGACUUACACAUUGUUGGUUUUGGUCUUUGCAUGGGAUUUGUUGAUAUUAAGAAAGAUCUAGAACAAAGCCAGUCUUACAGUUCAACUCGCUAUAAGACAGAAAUGUUUCUCCAUGAUUAUGACACGUCUCAAAGGAAGUUCUGAUUGAAGCAAAGCGUUGAGUUUCUCCAUGAUAAUGAUGAAUUCUACCUGUGCCUCUGCCCAGCCCCGAGAACUACAUUUAUUCAAGUGUUUGUCUAAAUCCAAACAAAUGAUACAAACGUGGCCCAGUUAAAGAUCCAAAACACCUGAGUCUAAAUCUCCUCAACAAAUCUGAAUGUUCAUAAACGACAUUCUCCAACAAACUCUCAUUAUUAAAGUCUUUAGUGCUGCUUUUACAUUUGUGUUCCCCCCUCUGUCGAUACGCUGGGAUAAAUUUAGACAUUAAAGUUGAAAUUCCUGCUUCCCUGCUGUAUUUAGUAUUAAAUGUAUUUCUUAGCUGUUGUUCCAGGCAGGUUUGGACAGUGUUUGCAACUGUGUAUCACGCCCUUUAUUUAAACUACGAGUUGUUCUUAUGUAAUAGAGCACUGGUAUGUAAACCCCCUGUUUUUGUUUUCUCCCAUUAUUAUUUUUUUUAAAUUAAAGGACACGGGUGAAAUAAUAUUUUGGGGUAAAUUCUCUUUUUAAAGUUACCAGAAUGUAAACCUGUAAUGUAGUUAUCGUAGCUACGACCUAUCUGGCCUGAUUUAUGCAGAGGAGUGAUCCAUCGUUCACUGUGAAUCUUUUCUUUUUCAUUUUUGAUAAAAAAUAAAUAAUUUUUUAUAUACA